CAGGCGGCGGGAGGGAGGGGCGCCUCCGUGGGCGCUCGGGGCCGCGCUCGCACAGUCCCGGCGGCGGCGACGGCGCGAGGACCCCAAGUUUGGCGGCGAGGGCGCGGAUCCCCCGCGCCGAUCCCCUCCUCUGCCGCCGGGGCCGCGGCGCGCCGCGUCUUCUCGUCACAGUUUAUCUGGGCGAGUUUCUAAUGGCGGACGCGGAGCGGGCAGGUCUCGGGCUCCGGGCCAGUGCGGGGGUUUCCGCCCCGCGGCGACGCGAGUUUCCCGCGAGUGGGUCCGGGCACGACGGGGACGGCGGAGGGACCAGGAAUCGCCUUCAGGCCAGUCUGGUGGACGUUUGUCUGAAGCUGAGGAGGACCGCGUCGCCACAAUCCUACCUCCUUCACUGUCUUGAGCGUCUAAGAAAAUUGAAGCCAGCAUGUGUAAACUUACCUCAGCUUUCCAUCUAUUAUUUCUACAUACUUAUAUAUGUUCUAAUUACAACUGGACAAAACCUUGAACAGCAUGGGUUUGGACUGUUCUUUGGCAUAGAUAAAUGUUCAGCGGGAGGAUUAGACUUGACUGAACAGACUCCUGUUUUAUCAGGGAGUAAAGCCAUGGCAGCUAGUUUCAUGGACGUAGCAUUUGGUGACCCAGCUAGUCCUUUAGUUAGUAGAUCUAGAAACUCGUCAGCGGAGGACGAUGAUGAUGAUGUUGUAUUUAUUGAAUCAAUACAACCUCCUUCAAGUUCUGCUCCAGUAAUAGCUGAUCAAAGAAAUUUUAUAUUUGCUGCAUCAAGAAAUGAAAAGCUACAAGGAAAUUAUUCCAUAAUUCUUCCUUCCUCAAGAGAUUUGGCUUCUCAGAAGGGAAGUAUAAGUGAGACAAUUGUCAUUGAUGAUGAAGAAGACAUGGAAACAAAUGGAAGGGAAAAGACAGUUUCUUCUAGUUUUAUUGAAUGGGCACUUCCUGGAAGUAAAAACAGAGCCAAAGAUUUGGAUUUCUCCACUUCCAGUCUUUCAAGAAGUAAGACCAAGACUGCUGUAGGACCUUUUAAUCCUGGUAGAAUGAAUGUGGCAGGAGGCAUAUUUCAGAACGGAGGAUUUACAGCUCAUCAUAGUCCUGAUUCUUGGAUCUCCCAGUCAGCAUCCUUUCCCCGUAAUCAGAAACAGCCAGGGGUGGAUUCUUUAUCACCAGUGGACUCGCUUCCUAAACAGAUCUUCCAGCCUUCUGCCCAACAGCAACCCACUAAACCAGCUAAAAUCACUUGUGCAAACUGCAAAAAGCCUUUACAGAAGGGACAGACAGCUUAUCAGCGAAAAGGAUCAGCUCACCUCUUCUGUUCUACCACCUGCCUCUCUUCCUUCUCUCAUAAGCGUACUCCAAAGAAACGCAAGGUGACAUGUAAAAAAGGUGCACCUGCAAAAAAGGCUACUCUUGUUCCUCAAGGGGAGUCAAGUGAAUCCUUCCAGAAAUUUUGUGGUACAUCUUCGUCUCCCUAUGAAGAUAACCAGAAUCUUCGAAAAAGAGUUCUGAAUAAAUCAAGAUGUACAAUCUGCAGUAGACUAACAGAGAUUCGGCAUGAAGUCAGCGUUAACAAUGUAACACAUAAGCUGUGCAGUAACCAGUGCUUUAACAAGUACAGGUUGGCCAAUGGUCUAGUGAUGAAUUGCUGUGAGCAGUGUGGGGAGUACCUGCCCAGCAAAGGUGCUGGAAACAAUCUCCUAGUCAUUGAAGGUCAGCAGAUGAGAUUUUGCUGCCAAAGUUGUGUUAACGAAUAUAAACAGAUGAUGGAAACAAACUCAAAAAAAGUGCUAGCAUCGGAAAACAGAAAAAGGAGUGCUGUUAGAGAAGAAAAUGCAAGAGAAUUGUAUGGGUCAUUGAAUAUACUUUUGGAAAAAAUAGAAAGAACACCAGUGAAAAAGGAAAAGACUUCAGAACUACAAGUGACAGCAGAAUGUAGCCAAGAUGCAUCAUUGGUCCAACAGGAUGUGAAUUUACCUCCUUCUGUGUCAACCAUAGCUGAUAAAUUUCAAGAGCAACUAGGAGAGAAACAAUCAGAAGACUCCAUUAUACCAGCUGUGCUUUCUGCAGAUCCAGGUACGUGGCCCCGAAUUUUGAGUAUUAAAGCAAGGGACACUCUAGUUGAAAAUGAUCCACCUCAAGUGAGAAAUUUUAACUUUCCAAAGGACGGUACAGGGAGGAAGUUUUCAGAAACUUACUAUACAAGAAUUCUUCCAAAUGGUGAAAAAACCACUAGAUCCUGGUUACUUUAUUCGACCUCGAAAGAUUCUGUGUUUUGUCUAUAUUGCAAACUCUUUGGGGAAGGAAAAAAUCAACUGAAGAAUGAGAACGGCUGCAGAGAUUGGCAGCAUUUAUCACAUAUUCUUAGCAAACAUGAGGAGAGUGAGAUGCACAUCAACAAUAGGGUUAAAUAUUCAAAAUUAAAAUCUGAUUUGAAAAAAAGUAAAGCUGUGGAACACAGAUUACAGGAGAGCGUGGGAAAGGAGGGCGUGAAGCUCUUACACACCUUAGACCUGAGCUGACAUGAUGAGGUCGCACACUUACUCAGACCUGUACCCUGACAGUCGGUGCCUCUGUGCUGAGGCUCCCAGACGGAGUGAUUUAUCAGCUCAUCAGCAAUAAGUAUCAUAGCAAGUAACUAGUAAAGAUGGUUUCCGCUCCAAAGUCUAAAGCUAGUUGGAUUUGUAGUGAUUAAUGCCCGAUUUCACUGAAGGCAAUUGUUGAUCUUUUCAGCUUUUCAAUUCACACCUUUUAAAAUGGGCACUUCAGGACUGACAUUUGACUGGUGUGGCUAAUACUCUGAGAGAGGGAGGGAAAGACUUGAAU